CAUUCACUGUCGACGUACCAACAAAAGGUUUUUGACAGCAUAAAUUGCAUUUUAUUGGUUGAUCAUUUCGCUGUGUCGUUUCUGUCGAUUCGUGGCAGAGCCAUAGUUUCGACAAUCAAAUAAUUUUUAUCCCUAAAUUCCGGAAGACCGUCAAAGAUAUAAGUGAGCAUUUGUUGUUUAUGCAGAACAUCGAAACCAAUUUUGUAAUUUAAUGAUGGCAGCAAUCGUGGAUCCACGCAAACGCUCCCGCGAGGAAGACGGAAACGAGUUUAUGCCUCUGUCCAAACGAAUCAAUAAUCUCCACUUGAACAAUAGUCAGGUCGUGGGAGGAUUUCCUGGGGAACAUCCAGCUGGACUGCACAUGCCACUGCUGGAAGGGCAUCCUCAAAUGACACCCUUUGUGCACUGCAGCUCCAAUAGCGGCAGUUCCGGAAGUACCUGUCAUUCCAUCCCUUCUGGGGGAAGUUCGCCCAGCGGUACCAGAUCGUCCCACGGUCAGGAACCGUUGACGGUGAAUGGCGAAAUACUGGGCGAGUACUGUCCGGACCUUAGCGAGCACGAGAAUCCACACUACUUCAAUCGGAACAAGGAACUGUACGAGCUGUACGUUGAGCGAAUGCGGAGAAUGCAGUGAAGAGUGUAGUCAUGUAAGGAACAUCAGCCCUUGUGAAGUUAUUAUUAUUUUCUACGAUUUAUCUGCCUAAUCUGCACAGCUCAGUCAGUAAGAAUUUUAGUGCGCUUCUUGGGCAAAAUAAUUAAAACAAAAGGGUAAUCAUUUCUUUUUUACAUUUUGAUUAGUGUUCUAAAUUCAAUGGAAUGGAAUUUCGAAUCAAAUUGAGCUUGACUAAGAUGUAGAAAAGAGAUGAAUGAUGCGUGAAGGUGGGUUCCACCUUCCAUUUGGUGAUCAGUGAACAGGCAGGCCCACGGUUAAACCUGAAUUGAAUUAUAUAUUGCUAUUUAUAUUGCCAUUUUAUCUUUAUGUACACUACUAAACUAUAUAUUUGUAUUGCAGACCUUGAAUAAAUUGCGUUCAGUGCAAAGUUUAAA